ACGGCAGAAAGCAGCUAUCCGUUUACACUACUUUGCUCUAGCAGCUAUCUUAAUGAUUGCAAGUGCGGCGGACAUCAAGCAGGAGAAUGGGAUGGAAAGCGCCUCGGAAGGACAGGAGGCGCACCGAGAGGUGCCGGGGGGCGCGGCGGCUGGGCUGAGCCCCCCGGCUCCAGCUCCUUUCCCCCUGGAGCCGGGGGACGCCGCGGCUGCCUCCAGGGUAAGCCGGGAGGAAGGGGCAGCGGCGGCCGGAGCGGCAGAUCAGGUACAACUCCACUCGGAACUUCUGGGCAGGCACCAGCACGCAGCCGCCGCGCAGCCCCCGCUGGCCUUCUCGCCGGACCAUGUCGCCUGCGUGUGCGAGGCGUUGCAGCAGGGGGGCAACCUGGACCGCCUGGCCCGGUUCCUUUGGUCCCUGCCCCAGAGCGACCUGCUACGUGGCAACGAGAGCCUGCUGAAGGCGCGAGCGCUCGUGGCCUUCCACCAGGGCAUCUACCCUGAGUUGUACAGCAUCCUCGAGAGCCACAGCUUCGAGUCGGCCAACCAUCCGCUGCUGCAGCAGCUCUGGUACAAGGCGCGCUACACCGAGGCCGAGCGAGCGCGCGGCCGGCCGCUGGGCGCCGUGGACAAGUACCGGCUGCGCAGGAAAUUCCCCUUGCCCCGCACCAUCUGGGACGGCGAGGAGACGGUGUAUUGUUUCAAGGAGAAGUCGCGCAACGCGCUCAAGGAGCUCUACAAACAGAAUCGCUACCCCUCGCCGGCCGAGAAGCGGCACCUGGCCAAGAUCACCGGCCUCUCCCUCACCCAGGUCAGCAACUGGUUCAAGAACCGGCGGCAACGUGACCGAAACCCCUCCGAGACCCAGUCCAAAAGCGAAUCGGAUGGCAACCCCAGCACUGAAGAUGAAUCCAGCAAGGGACAUGAGGAUUUGUCUCCUCACCCACUUUCAGGUGCAUCUGAUGGUGUCACCAACCUCAGCCUUUCUAGCCAUAUGGAGCCAGUAUAUAUGCAACAGAUUGGAAAUGCUAAGCUGUCGUUAAGCUCGUCUGGAGUUGUGUUGAAUGGAAGCUUGGUGCCUGCAAGUACUUCACCUGUCUUCCUUAAUGGCAAUUCUUUCAUUCAGGGACACAAUGGUGUUAUCCUUAAUGGACUGAAUGUGGGAAAUACACAGACAGUGUCACUGAACCCACCCAAAAUGUCUUCAAACAUUGUGGGCAAUGGCAUAGCCAUGACAGACAUCCUGGGAUCUACCUCCCAGGAUGUGAAAGAAUUUAAAAUCCUCCAGAGUUCUGCUGUGAACUCAGCAGCCACCACCUCCUACAGCCCUAGUGCCCCUGUGUCAUUCCCAGGCCUGAUACCCUGCACAGAGGUGAAAAGAGAAGGUGUUCAGGCAGUGGCCUCCCAGGAUGGUGGCUCUGUGGUGACUUUUACUACACCUGUACAAAUUAACCAGUACGGCAUUGUCCAGAUCCCUAAUUCUGGAGCAAACGGCCAGUUCCUUAAUGGGAGCAUUGGAUUCUCUCCACUGCAGCUGCCUCCGGUCUCAGUAGCAGCUUCACAAGGUAAUCUUUCAGUAACUCCAAGCACUUCGGAUGGAAGCACAUUUACAAGUGAAUCAAGCACGGUUCAGCAUGGUAAACUUUUCCUGAGCCCUCUUACCCCCAGUGCAGUGGUAUACACUGUUCCUAAUUCUGGCCAGACUGUAGGAGCUGUGAAACAGGAAGGCUUAGAAAGAGGCCUGGUCUUUUCUCAGUUGAUGCCUGUCAAUCCCAAUGCACAAGUAAAUGCAAGCCUGUCUUCGGAAAAUCUCUCUGGGAGUGGCCUCCAUCCACUGACCUCUUCGUUGGUUAAUGUGUCCACCGCCCAUGGUUUUUCCCUGACCCCCCCUACACUACUUAAUCCCGCUGAGCUAAACCCUGACCUUGCGGACAGCCAGCCAGUGUCUGCACCUGUGGCAAGCAAAUGCACUGUGACAUCUGUCAGCGACACUAACUAUGCAACCCUGCAGAACUGUUCCCUUAUUCCUGGUCAAGACCUAUUGUCUGUCCCACUGACCCAGGGCAGCCUGGGUGAGAUAGUUCCAACAGCUGAAGAGCAGGUGAGUCACGCCUCGCCAGCAGUCCACCAGGAUUUUGUCAGAGAACAGCGCUUGGUUCUGCAGUCAGUAGCUAACAUAAAAGAGAAUUUCUUGCAAAAUUCUGAGAACAAAGCAACAAAUAACUUAAUGAUGUUGGACUCGAAAUCCAAGUACGUCCUCGACGGUCUGGUUGAACCCGCCUGCGAAGACCUGGAAACAGACAAAAAAGAGCUGGCCAAGCUCCAGACUGUUCAGUUGGAUGAAGAUAUGCAAGACUUAUAAGCCUGAUUCACUCCACCUAUCUCCGCUUCUCUGCUUUAACAGGGGCAAAUCCUUUUCUUCCCGAAGCCCCGAAGAUGGAGAGCUUCCACUCAUUUAGAGGAACACACUGUACUUCUGCAAGCAAGUGCAUUUGGGUUGAGCUGCAUGAAGAUCUCAUAGUUAAAUAUACAGGAGUGGCACUGCAUUGCUGAAGCCUUUCUGGUCACAUCAUGCUCGCUUUGAAACAGAUAGGGGCAAGACAAGUGAAUCAAACCAUCCUCUAUCAUUUAGUCAGCAGUAUAACUCCACCGGCAAAAUGGAACGUGACAGUAUUUCAAAUUUAAAAUGUAUACACCUAACUUAGAAAAUUAAAUAAUAGCUCCAGGCUGUUGGAAGCAAUGUAGUUGG